GAAAGAAGAGAGAGCUUGGGAGAGGACAGGAGAGGAAUUGACUUAUUUACAUCACCGACACAAAGCCUCGGGAGGAAGACAAACUCGUUUUCGAAGAGUCCCUGUUUUUUAACCGAGGUUCAUCGACCGAUUAGAUUUUAAAAUCCACUAAGCAAUGGCCCAAGAGACAAACCAGAGUCCUGUGCCUAUAUUGUGUACCACAGGCUGUGGUUUCUAUGGCAACCCCAGGACCAAUGGCAUGUGCUCGGUGUGCUAUAAGGAGCACCUGAACAGACAGCAAAGCAGUGAUCGUAGUCCCAUGAGCCCCCUGGCUGGCAGCCCCUCAGCAGAGGCCUGUGCUAUACAGAGACUAGAAGCCAGCAUAAACAAAGCAGAGGCCUCACCUGCACCCAGAACAGAUACCAUGAGAGAAAGUAUUCCUUCAACCUCCUUACCGGUGACACAACAGAUGACAGAAAUGAGUAUUUCUAGAGAGGAAAAAGCUCUGUCUCCUAAAACUGAGGCUAUUGAACCAGUUAUAACACAGCCCACCUCCUCCUACUCCCCUAUCGCUGUGGCUCAGGGAAGCGACGAGGACAAGAUCCCAGACUCCAUCAAACCUAAGAAAAAUAGAUGCUUUACCUGCCGUAAGAGAGUCGGCCUAACAGGUUUUGGCUGUCGAUGUGGUAAUCUGUUCUGUGGAAUUCACCGGUACUCUGACAAGCACAACUGCACGUACGAUUACAAGGCAGAAGCCGCUGCUAAGAUCCGUAAGGAGAAUCCAGUUGUAGUUGCCGAUAAGAUCCAGAGAAUAUAAGCUUUUCCCUCUUUCUUCAAGAACACUGGUGGAUAAAAUGGACGACUUGAAAAACGGACUUGUGUUUUUCGAUCACCUCAAGAAGAAAACGAGAGAACUGUACCGUCUGAGGCUCGUGCAUGAACGGUCUGACAGGUUUUGGUUUUCUAAUAGGUAUUAAUUUCUUUCCGUUUUUUUUCCCCUCUCUGUGGUGUUUUAUGCUAGUUAUUGCAAAUUAUUUUUUUCCCCCUAAAACAUAGGACACCUUUCAGGACAUUUUAGCUGUUUUUUUUGUUUUGUUUUGUUUUUUUGCUUGUUCCUGUCCUCAUGCAAUGGGAGUGGCAGAUACUCUGUGCCAAAACGUGGCCGUGUAGUUUCUGAGUAAGUAGUGUUGUUUAGCCUUUUGUCUUAUCAUGAAAGACGCUGGAUUUUCAAGAGAUGUCAAAGCUCUACCUGAUGGUGUGCGCUGCAUGUGUUGGUCUGUUAAACUGCAGUUUGUCAUUCUAACAAAAUCACUUGGAAUGUGGGGCCGCCCAGUUGUCAAGGCCAUUUUUUAGCAUUAUUUUAGAAUGUGAACUUGCUACUGUGACAUCAUACCUUUUCUUUGUUUUAGAAUGAAAGAUUGAGAUUCAUCUGUUGUAGGCAACUCUGUUCCCACAUUCUAGAACCAAUAACCUCCAAUCUGUCACAACUGCGCUUUAGAGUUUCAGUGGUCUGGGAGUUUUAAUUUUGUUAAUUUUGUGUGAACAUUACGUAGACUUUUUAAUAAGACUGUGAGGCGGUGCAGUCGGUUUCUGUGUGAGCGUAUUUGUGCGCACGGGGGGGAAUUUUGCGCACAAGCCCUUCUUCCUGUUGUCAAAUCGAGAUGAGCUGACCCUCCUUAGUGCAUUUGCAACACCGCAAUAGUAUACGCAUAAAGUCAGACCUGAGUCUGUGAAACAUUGUUCUUUUUAUUGGUUUUGAAAUGCACCCACAAUGCACCUGUCAUUUUUGUGUGUCUGCAUAUCUUAAUGUAAGCGAGUCCGAGUGCAUAUGUUGUGUAUAAUAACGUCUUUUCUUCUUUAGGGAGUGAGGUUUCCUUAAAAAAAAGAUGUCUGUUGAGAGUAUGUUGAAUUUCAGCCUUUAGUUAUAUGCAAAUUUGUAUGAAAAAAAAAACAUUACUAUGUUCAUAUUUAUGUAUUGCAUUUAAUACUUUUACCUGGCAUUAAAAAAGUAUUGUAAAUAAAAAUAUACAGAGAGAAAAUA